AUGCAUAUCUUCGAGAGCUGGGUACCGAUCUUGACGCGCCACAUCCCCUCACUGCGUGAACUCGACAUCGAUCUAUCUCGCACUCAGGACGUCAUGUUGAUGGAGAGCCACUUGUUCGGUGGCCAGCCUCUGCGACAACUAGCUCGCCUCUCGCUGAAGAACUGCAUCGUUCCACCAAAGUCCAACCUGCUCUCCACCUCUCUCACACACCUUAGCCUCGCUAUGGGAGACUACGCCGAUUAUGAGCCUGAGUGGAUGUCGACGGCGAAAUUCAGGUCCCAUCUCAAGUCCGUACCCAACCUCGAAGAACUGCGUCUGAGCGACGUACUGCCUUACCACGACAGAGAAACAGUAGAGCCGACGUUCUCAUUCCCGCCGACGUUCAAGAAGCUCCACGUUCACUGCUCCAACGAGCUUGUCUCCGAGCGCUGUUACAGCCAGUUCUGGACCCAUUUUCGGAUCCCGAACACGGCCGUCGUCGUCUCUCUCGUCUACGAUCACUCUUCAGGCUUCAGGGCGUCCCAGGCCCUCAAGCCUUUGGUAGAACUGGAUCCCCUCGACCCUCCCCCGAUGGAGAUGUGGAUAUCCCAAACGAGCAUGAGGAUAUGCUUCGGCGAACGGCCCCGAGACGAGUGGACCAGAUGCUUGGUCAUCCCGUCACCCGCGGACAUGCGCGCUUCAGACACAUGGGAGGGCACGGGCGGAAGUAGAGCCCUUUACACGGACGGGUUGACAGCGACAGACUAUGUGUCCCACAAAGCCUUCGACGUCGUGCGGGCCAUCAACUUCUCGCUCGACGCUGCCGAAGCGUACGAUACCCCUACGGAGCCCGCGGGCCUUUGGAUCUCAAAGUUUGAUACGAACGCCCUCGUCAAGCGUAUCUCGGCGCCAUAUACCGCAUGCGGGAAGCUUUUCAACGCGCUAGCGCAGCGCGACACCAUCACCGGCGCUCUACGGCUGUUUCCGCAGCUCGAGGUCAUCGUCUUCUCUGACCAGACAACCGUAUCUGGCGCAACUCUCCACACCGCGUUGGACAUGGCGCUCCUCGAUAUGCUUGAGGUGCGGCGCGAGGUGGGCAAAGCGAUUCGGGAGCUGUUGGUCGCGCGGAAGAUGGCGGAUUGGAGUGUGUGGGAGAACGUGGGAGAGGGGACGUAUGUGACCUUUUUUGACUGA